AUGAAAGUCCAUGGACAGUCGGAAGGUCCAUGGACAGUCGGAAGGUCCAUGGACAGUCGGAAGGUCCAUGGACAGUCGGAAGGUCCAUGGACAGUCAGAAGGUCCAUUGACAGUCGGAAGAUCCAUGGACAGUCGGAAGGUCCAUGGACAGUCGGAAGGUCCAUGGACAGUCGGAAGGUCCAUGGACAGUAG